AUGGCUUCAGAGCAAUAUCCGACGGCUGUCUCUGGCGGGUGCCUUUGCGGUUCUGUCCGUUAUAAGGUGACAUUCCCCUCCAGCCAUGACUGGGGGAGAGGCGUAACUAUCACCUCCCCAUCUGGUCUUCACAUGCUGAUCCACCUGCGAAGUGCUCAACAUGUCAAUGCUCCCAAUGUCUCAACAUUGUCGCGUUACCAUGCUACACCAGACGCUGCGCGUGGCUUCUGUACCAAGUGCGGUAGCUGGCUUUUUUGGUGUAAUGAACAAUCAAACUCGAUGAGUAUGUCAGUUGGAACUUUUGACCAAGAGGAACUCAAGCAGUGGGGCCAGAAAUUGGCGUACUCAGAGGUGCAUCUGUGGUACGAGGAUGCUAUCGAGGGUAUAUCAGAUCAAUUGCCCGGGGAGAAGUGGAAGUAUCACGACAAAGGAGAGGGUGCCGAGAAAAUUGGAUAG